AUGAAUCUUAUGUUCCGCAAGAACUUCGGGGGCGAGAAGGGACCUGGUGGUGGUGGACUUGGAGGAGGACUCGGAGAGGUCAGGCCCGUUCUGGGCACUUACGGGACCGGCGGAACCUCAUUCGGCCAGUUAGGACCGCGUUUCGGAUCGUCGCGCGGCGGCGUCGGCCACACGUUGGUCGGCAGCACGCGUGGUCCGGUACGACGAAGCCGGGAGUUCGGCCAUUUUCCGUCGAUGGGCGAUCACGAGCACCAAGGACACGGUUACCGUACUCAUCUGUUCCUGUCGCCACCCACAGGUGGGCCGCUCGGCUCGCCACCCGAGGACUCAGGAGAGCGGCUGGGCCCGCCGCCGCGCCGCAACUCGGGACCUCAUGUGAUCAAGUGGGGAGGCGGCGGGCCCGGUGGUUCCGCGCAGGCAGCGCAGACCGCUAAUCAGGCCAGGCGGAAGCAGAACCAGAUCACCCAGAAGGAGCCUUCCGAUCCGCCGACGCCGACCGCGUCCAGGCAGCAGGUGUCCUUCAGCGGCAAUCGCGCUUCCGGUACUUACACACCCCUUGUGGUUUCCGGAAACAGUCCACCGCGAGGCGAACCGAUCUCGUUGGCCACCUUGGACCGCGACUGUUUCAUCAUACCUCUCGCUUCACUCGAGCGUUUUUUACCAGCGGGUGUGCCACAUGCACCAGUCGCCGAUAAAAAGAGACCGGGCAGUCCGCUGUCGGUUCUCGAGGUUGAGGACCCGAAGCAAUGUGUUCUCGCGCAUUUUAUGACACCGUUAGAGCCUCUGGACCCUUUGGUCGAAUCUCCAGUGUCUCGUCCGUUGGUGCUGCAACGCGACACCGCCGCGGAAUUGGUCGCCGAGAUAGCACCCACCGCGUCGCAAAGUAUUUUACUCACAAAUAUGGAGAAGAACGCGGACUUCCCGUUCAUCACGUAUUAUCUGAUAAACAAGCAGAACACGGAUCCGCUAGACUUUUACAACGAGGUUCAGUGCGCGGCCCUGCGUAAGUUCGACCCGCGAGAUCUCAGAUACGCGGCCAGUCACACGUUGGACCUGUUCAACGAGGUGGCGACCAUCGCGAGACCACCGCUCGAACCGCCCGGUGGAAGACCGCCUAUUCCAUCCACCGGCUACAUAGUAUCGAUUUUCAAGGUUUUCGAGGGCGACGACGGUCUCAAAUUUGAACAAAAUUGGCUCUACUGGACAGGCGCGCGUAUGAUGUAUCGAUAUCUGCCGAAAUCGGUGGGUCUAAGACGCAUCACGUUGCACAAAUCGAUGUCGCAGGGCGACAAGAUGUAUUUGCUGAUCUGCGAGUGCUCCCAGUUGCAAGACAAUCUGUCGGCCGCGGCGAUACUUUUGCCGGCGCUACGUGCACGUCUCUGCGGCUACACCGGGCUCUAUAGACCCUCGGUGUGUUUCUGAUUCCUUACCCAGCUGCUGGAGUCUGCGUGGAGCAUCGUUUCGAAUCGCAUCACGUGUACCUCCGCGGAAAAAUCCAAGCGAAACGAAACGUAACUGAAGUCUUAGCGGGUGCCAAGAAAAAAGAUAAUUUGCAAGACUCGGAGAAUAAUAUCGUAAAACAAAAACGCUGCUGACGAACGAGACACUGUGAUUUCUUAUCGUACUAUCUAUAUCAUAAGGAGUGCAACUUCGUAUACGCUUUAGAUAAGUUUCGUCGAGAAUCGACGGAACGGCCUGCAUGCUCGACUAGAUACGCCACUGGACCCUGUUUGUAUUUUUCGACUUUACUAUUUCGUUCAUUGUGCAAAAAAAGUGAACGUCGCGGCAGUCGGGUCACCAAACGAGAUAAAAGUUGGAAAAAAAAAAAAAAAAAAAACGAAUUGAAACAAACCGAACAAUAAAAUUGUUACGUACGGAAAAUGCUGUGAAAUAUACGUAAUAAGAAAAUAUACGCAUAUAAGAAAAAUUAAGUGUGUCCAAAAUAAUCCAUUUAAGUAUAAAAAGAAUCUGCGACACUCAACUCCUCGGGAAAAUGUAAAACGAGAGAAAAAAAAAACGUUUGGUCAUCCUACGCAAGCGCAUAACCGCAACACACAUACUUUUAUUACUCUUGAUAACUAAUAAUCGCUAUCUACAUAUCAUACUCGAUAAACUGUGAUAUUCGAGCGAGCGGCGUACAUAUAUCACAAAAACGGGAUUAUCCCUCUCGGAAAAUCUACUCUUGUAAAAUGCUACUCUUGAAAUCAAAUUUAGGUGACUUAGGCACACACAAAGUAGCAGAAACUUUCGAAGGCCGACGCGGUAGAAACGUACAUAUAUAAACUUCAAGUCUUUUAUCGAUUAUCUUCAUAUUUGAUAUUGUAUAUCAGUAUACAAUCAGUAUACGCGAAUGUUAUUGACUCGCUCGUGGAAUCUGAUGCGAAUGUAGGUAAAUUGCAAUCUUAAAAAAAAAAAAAAAC